GGACGGCACAAAAGAAAGCAUCUGCAGCAAUGCCAGCACUGACAGCAUGUGUGGAGCUGCUGGUGCCACUGGUGAUAAUUUCAUUGGCUUUCAUAUUAUCGUUAAUGAUUAAUAUUGCACAGUGUGCAAAAAAACACAGAAAAGUAAAAGCUAUGAAAUAUUGCAGCCGGGUCACCUUGAGUUAUGACCAGCAGUAUAUUGAAAAUAACCCAAUUUAUGGCAAUCUCAGUUAUCCAAUUCUUGAUCACAAUAAUGAUGAAUGCUGUUAUGAACCAAUGUCCACUCCUCAUGAACGAAACACGGAAGGCGAUCAUCAGAUGGAUCCAGAGGAACAGAUGUGCUAUGCUGAUCUUGAUCUAACACCAAAGAGACCUGAUAAAAAUCGAAAGAAAAAAGCAAAAAUGAAAAGUAAACGACGUUUUGAGGAGAUGGACAGGACAAAUGUUAAUAUCUUAUCUAGAUCUAGUAUUUACUUGAACAGUGAGCAGCUUACAGCCGAAUGUAGAGCUGAAGAAGAGCUGAUUCAUGAUGACCCAGUGAAGAUUUACCAAUUAAUGAAGAAGACAAGAAAUAAUCUGGAUAAUGAAGAAGAAAAUCAAUCUCAUUGGUCAAAUUAGGAGAUAUUGAGUGGUUUGAGUGGUUUGCACACCCAUGCUGAUAUGCACAAUGGAAAAGGAGUGAAAUGAGGAGUUCAGCUAUAUGGGUGGGCUAUAUGUUGAAAAUUUCAAUAUUAUAUGAAUAAAAGCAAUGUGUACAUGCAUUAUUUAUACAGGACACUUUAACUGAAGGAACC